AUGUCUGUUUCUUCUUCUUCAUGUUCAACUCAUUUUAUACCAAUUGAUCCUCGUAUUUAUUGUGAAACGAUGAAUGAACUUCAUUCAUACAUCACAACUUCAAAACGUGGUUAUUUAACUCAAGCUGAACUUUUUCGUUAUUAUCGACAACGACAUGAUAAUGCUGAAAUACCUUAUCGUUUAUUAGGCUAUCGAUCAUUACUUGAUUUACUUAGUAGUGAUCAACGUCUAUUUGCUGUUGAUUUACAUCGUGAACCAGCUUAUAUUUAUUCAGCAGUUAAACUUCGACAACAAAAACGAGAACGACGACAAGGUAGUACAAGUUUUUCUCGUCAACACCAUUCAACGAAUACACUUGAUGAACAACAUCUUGUUCAUCCUCCUGACUAUGUUUUUUUUGAUCAUCAUGUACCAUUACAUGAACAACAACAAGCACAACAACAAGAAAAUUUUGAAUCAGCCGAUGAACAAGAACAAUCAAUUGAAAUACAAAAUGAACAUCCAUUAACACCAAAUAAUCAUAAUAGUUUUGAUAAUAAUGUUUGGCAUACACCACAAGUAGAUGAACAAAAUCUAUUAAUCGAAAAUAAAAUUAAUUCAGAGGAAAAUAAUAAACAAUCAAUUCAAUUUACAUCUAAUCCAUUUUUACCAUUACCAACUAUUCAUCUUCCAUCGGAAAUCGAUGAUACAAAAUCAUUCAUUAAAUGUGACAAUCAAUAUAAACCAAUUCAACGGAAAAUUAUUUUUCAAAACGAUGAUUAUCAGGAAAAUAAAUAUCCAACAAUUCGAGAUCCAAAAUUAUUAAAAUUUCCAGUUGCUCGUCUUAAUCGAUCAAUAAGUACAUCAACAACAUCAUUAUCAAAAUCAUAUUCUUGGCAUUUUAUUGAUUCAUAUUUAUUUCUUUUUGUUGUUCUUAUUUCUUUUCUAUUUCUUGGUAUUUAUUUAUGUAAACUUUGUUAA